AUGGCCACAAACGAAUUGACUGCUCUUCCACAGUAUUAUGGCCAGCAGCUCAAGGACGGUACAGUAAUGGAGUCCCCCGUCUCACCACGUGUCUAUGGGCGUGGGUCCAGUGAUUCAAGACAAGAACUUCUACGUCUGCCAGCCCAAGCACAUAUCGAUCGAGACCUGGAUCCCAUCUCUCCCGUCAUCGGUACAGAUCCAAACGCAAUUGGUCUCGCAAACCGUCCCAGUCGUAACCGAUUAGGUGGCCAGCCGGAAAUCGACGAGUACGGUUCGCCCGUUGCGAACCGCUACACACGCAAGACUCAACCCCAGAGCCAGUCCAUGGUUCCUCGCACUGCCUAUGUGGAAGAACACUUCUCAGAGGACGAAUACGAGCAGCGGCCCCAACCCUACCGCCGUCGCACAACUCGCCAGUACCGGCCUCCUCCAUCAGCUCACGAGAACGAUCGUUCAAUGAGCCGCUACUCACAGGUACCCAAUCGUCGCAACACUAACCGGUCGGAUGUGCACUACAACAACGACAAGCCACGGACUCACAUACACUACGGCAGUGACGACGAAGAAUAUGCGCCUCGCCGCCCUCCAAUCCGCCCAGGGGCCGGUCACGGCGAUGGCCGCGAGCCACCGCGAGCACCUCCUUCCACCGAGGACGUGAUGCGUCUGCCCUGGAUGAUCUGGAUGGGCUCGAAUGCAAAGAACCAUUUCGUCGCGUUCGUCGGCGAAUUUGUGGGCACCACUAUGUUUCUGUUCUUCGCGUUCUCGGGCACGCAAGUCGCCAACAUCGGUGCCGGACAAUCAGAGGAUAACACAACGACUGGUGAAGCCACAGGGUUCUCACCCAACGUCUUGCUCUACAUUGCUCUCGUCUUCAGCUUCAGUCUCAUGGUUAAUGGAGUGUUUAUUGAGGCGGUCUUGACAGCAGAGUUGGUGUUCACAAUCUUCAUGUUGGCAAAGGAGAAGCACAAAGCCACCUUCAUCGCCCCUGUGGGCAUUGGACUAGCGCUUUUCAUCUCCGAGCUCGUCGGCGUCUACUACACCGGCGGCUCGCUCAACCCCGCGCGCAGUUUCGGGCCCUGCGUCGUCACCGGCAUCUUCGACAAGGAGCACUGGAUCUACUGGGCCGGGCCAGCAAUCGGCGCCAUCCUCGCUGUCAUUUUCUACAAGUUCAUCAAGAUCCUCGAGUACGAGGUCGCCAACCCAGGCCAGGACGAUGAUGACAAGGAUGUCGAGGUCAAGGAGAAGAAUAACAACGAGGAAAGUGGGCCGGAUAGCCCUAAUCGUCGGGGCGAGCCGUAG